AUGCCUGUGACUCGCUCGCCCAGGAAGAUACUUGGUGUAUCGGACGCGGCUACUGCAGAUGAAAUCAAGCAUGCUUAUAGGACAAUGGCUUUGAAAUGGCACCCAGAUCGCCACAACGAGGACAAGGAGAGAGCUACGAGGCGAUUUGUUGAGGUCAAUAACGCUUAUAGGACAUUGGCGCAGGAUGAACCGUUGGAAACACAGGUCCCAGAUCUUUCUGUUGAUCGUCAACGCAGCGCAACCCACUCAUCGCUUUCUCGGGCAAUGAGUUCGUCUUCCAGCGAGGAGUCUUCUCGCUCCUCGAGUUCGGUCAUCCAUAUCGCUGCUUCAAGCGCGGAAUCGCUUAUCACGCCGCCAUCUAGUCACGCAGAGAGUGUUCGCCCUUUCAGUAAACAAGGCCAGCGUAAAGGUCCCAUGGACCAAUUCCAAAGAUCUACAGAGCCCCCCAACCGAUCACGGAUGCCAGCUCCGAGCGCAGACUUCCGUCGACAACCUCCAUUUAUUCCCGCGAAUCGAUCUCACGAUUUGGCAAGUGCGACCUCAGAUGGGCAAGAACAGACGGUCCCAGUGGCGCGUAACCCUCAAAAUUUGCGGAACGUCACUGGAUCACGCAGAAGCAUGCCCUUCUCUAUCUUGCCGCCCAGUACAACUGUGCCGCAGACCCCAUUGGAUUUUUCGUUAGGACCACCAAGGACCAAGAAAGUUCAAGCAUCACCAUACAAUCUCCCAUUACCAUCGCUGGGCGUUGGUUCAUCGGGAGCAUCUAUCUAUUCGCUCUCCCUGUCUCUCGAAGACCUCAUGAGGGGUAAACAUUUCCAAUUUAGCAUCACACGCCGCCUUCUUUCUGGCAGGUCGAAGAGUAUCGUUCUCGACGUCGACAUCCCGCCUGGGUGCCGCAUUGGCACUAAAAUUCUCUGUCGCGGCGUUGGUAAUGAGGCACGGAACGGCACUCAGCAAGAUAUUGUUUUCGUCAUCGACGAAGCCUAUCAUCAGAAGUUCAAGCGGGUCUUGGACGAUCUUAUCAUGGAUAUACGUCUGCCUUGGUCUGACACGUUACCCCUCCAAGGGGGUUAUAUUGACUUUGCGGGGCUUGAGGGUCGGAACCUUUCUAUCUAUAUCGACUACCCCCGAAGUAGAUCCAUGAAAGGCGUAAACGUCGUCACUGGUGCAGGUAUGCCAAUCAGAGAGGGAGGCUCGGUGGUAGGGAGAGGAAAUCUGACUGUCCGGUGGGAGAUCUUUCCCCCACCGCCUAAAAUUAUGCAAUAUGUUAGAAAGGUGUGGCAUCAUAGACAGUAA